GAGAGAGAGUGAGCGAGCACAGGCUGAUCUCUAUCUAUCUCCCUCAGACAUCGUUCUAUGUUGUAAUACACAGAACAGAGGACGUGCUGGUCGUUGGCGGUGGCACAGCAGCCCAUCAUGCGCGCCGUCUUCUGAAAACGUUCAGCGGCGCGAGGGAUGGCUUAGUCGCGUGCGGAGCGCCGAUGCUGCACGAUGAGUGUAGCGCUGCAAGAUUUACGAAAUAACAUGUCUAAUUACAAGCGUGCAACGUUUGAGGAGGAGGAUGGGACAGACGUCCCUGCAGAUGGAGCCAUCUCUCCUGACAGUGUGGAGGUGGGUUUCCGUAAGGGUGGUAUUCAGCUGUUUGGUCCACUGGGCAGGAGGACUCAGCUGGAGGUGGUGUUGGCCGGUCUGCUUCUUGCUUCACUUCUAGCUCUGUUUGGCUGUGCGAUCACACUGGGAGUCCGCUAUAACAGAGAUCCCGUCCGUAGUAUCUGUCUAACAGAGGCUUGUGUAACCGUGGCCAGUAAGAUCGUGGAAGCUCUGGACCGCUCUGCCGACCCAUGUCAGGAUUUUUACCAGUACGCCUGUGGAGGAUGGGUCCGCAAAAACCCCCUGCCAGAUGGCCGGUCCCGCUGGAGCACAUUUAACAGCAUCUGGGACCAGAACCAGGCUGUGCUCAAACACCUGCUGGAAAAUGGCACCUUUAACUCAAGCAGUGAAGCAGAGAGGAAGACGCAGUCCUACUACCUUUCCUGUCUUAAUGAACAGCGAAUAGAAGAGCUUGGAGCUCAACCACUCAUCGAUUUGAUUGCAAAGAUAGGGGGCUGGAACAUCACAGAGUCCUGGGACAAAGACAACUUUCUGGACGUUUUGAAGAUAGUUUCUGGACCUUACAGAGCUCAGCCCUUCUUCACUGUCGGUGUCAGCGUCGAUCCCAAAAACUCCAACAGUAAUGUCAUUCAGGUUGACCAAUCAGGACUCUUCCUCCCAUCCCGAGAUUAUUACCUCAAUAAGACCAACGAGAAGGUGUUGAAGGCUUAUCUGGAUUAUAUGGUAGAGUUGGGAUUGUUGUUGGGAGGAGACAAGAAUUCCACUCGAGUUCAGAUGCAGCAGAUUUUGGACUUUGAGACGGCGCUGGCUAACAUCACGGUGCCUCAGGACGAACGGCGGGACGAGGAGAAGAUCUACCACAAGAUAACAAUAGCUGAUCUGCAGGGGUUGGCUCCGGCAGUCGAAUGGUUGGAUUAUCUGAACUUCGUCCUGUCACCGCUUGAGCUGAAUGACACUGAGCCUGUGGUGGUCUACGCUAAAGAAUACCUGCAACAAGUUUCAGAUCUCAUCAACAAGACAGACCACAGUCUUUUGAAUAAUUACAUGAUCUGGAAUCUGGUGCAGAAAGGAGCAUCCAGUCUCGACCAGCGCUUUGAGAAUGCUCAGGAUAAGCUGCUGGAGAGCCUCUACGGCACUAAGAAGUCCUGUACUCCACGCUGGCAGACUUGCAUUGGGAACACAGAUGACACUCUGGGUUUUGCUUUGGGUGCUCUUUUCGUCAAAGCCACUUUCGACAAACAGAGCAAAGAAAUAGCGGAGGGGAUGAUCAAUGAAAUCCGCACAGCUUUCAAAGAUGCGCUGGAUGAUUUGAACUGGAUGGAUGAACAGACCCGUCAAGCUGCCAAGGACAAGGCGGAUGCCAUCUAUGACAUGAUCGGAUUUCCAGACUUCAUUUUGGACUCCAAAGAGCUCGAUGAUGUGUAUGACGGGUAUGAGGUUACAGAAGACAACUUCUUCCAGAAUAUGAUCAACUUCUAUAACUUCUCAGCGCGAGUGAUGGCAGACCAGCUGCGCAAGCCGCCCAACAGAGACCAAUGGAGUAUGACUCCACCCACGGUGAAUGCAUACUACAUGCCAACUAAGAACGGAAUCGUCUUCCCUGCCGGCAUCUUACAAGCCCCCUUCUACGCACAGGAUCACCCCAAAGCUUUAAACUUUGGUGGCAUUGGAGUGGUGAUGGGACAUGAGUUAACGCAUGCUUUUGAUGACCAAGGCAGAGAGUAUGACAAAGAUGGAAACCUUCGACCGUGGUGGCAGAACUCCUCAGUGGACGCGUUUAAGAACCGCACCGAGUGUAUGAUCGAUCAGUACACUCAGUACACCAUCAACGGAGAGCACAUCAACGGGAAACAGACGCUGGGAGAAAACAUAGCAGACAAUGGCGGUCUCAAAGCUGCCUAUCAUGCGUAUCGCUCAUGGGUGCAGAAGAACGGUGAAGAGAAGAGACUCCCAGCUGUCAAUCUGACAAACGACCAGCUCUUCUUCGUAGGUUUUGCACAGGUGUGGUGUUCAGUCCGGACGCCAGAAAGCGCUCACGAGGGCCUGAUGACGGACCCUCACAGCCCACCCAAAUACCGCGUAAUCGGCACUCUAUCCAACUCUCCCGACUUCGCAGAGCACUUCCAGUGUCCGCUGGGCUCGCCCAUGAACUCAGGCCACCGCUGCGAAGUGUGGUAGGACCGUCACCCACAACAUACCAGCCCGCUUGCACAGACCAGCCCAGCCCGGCCAAAAAAACGCUCCACGGACACUUUUGGCUCUUUCUCAAGCACUGGUUUUUAUUUAUGUGCUCAGAGUUUUUUGAGGAGUUGGGCCGAAAGCAGGAGGAUGAAGCGAACGUUGAUGUUCUUCAGCGUUCGGAUCGACCCAUAUCAAAUUGUCCUCCGCCGUCACAUCAGACUCGCUUUAUUUAUUUGUUCGCCGAACUUGGGGGCCGCCAAGAGGCCCCUUCCAACGCUUACAUGUGUGUUUGUGUGCUUCACACCUUGAUUUACAACAAGCCCGAUUCCUCGUCUUCUGAUCUGGAAGAUGUGAGCACUGUGAUGCCACUGGGAGCGCCUCUCCGUGACCUCACAGGAAAUGUUUGGCUCCAUCUGCGAUGACUUCACAGGAAGCUUCACGUCCUCGCGGUGACCUCACAGGAAGUGCUGAACUACAUCUGUGACCCCCCACAGGAAGGAAGAGCUUUCAAGGAUGAAAGCCUAUUUCCCAAUUGUGAUUUCAUAGAAACGCUAUUAAACGACAGGGAGAGCCACUGUUUGUUCAUCCGACCUGUGUAUUAUGAUUUGAUCUUGACAAAGUUGAAAUGAAAUGUUCAUUUUAAACCGCUUUUUGCCAAAGAACAAUUUUAGGUUCGUUCCUCGUGCAAAUGAACGUGGAAGUUUGCACUGCUUCGCCUUCAGUAAAAUCCAUUCCAGUGUAAUUCCACUGUGUUUGCAUACAGACGUCAACCUGCGUGCGAAGGAUGUAUUUCCGUCUCCAUGUCGUGCUAAACUUUGUCAGUUCUGCUGAAGUGCUGUCACGUUACGUUCUCAAAACCACUAAAUGGGUGAACCUCACCAAUGUUCGAGUCAUAUUUCACUCCAAAAUUAAUAGAUUAUUAUUAUUUUUGAAGCUAUUUUAUACUUUAUUCCUUUUUCACACUGUUUUCAUAACAAUUUAGCACAUCAUUCCCCCAAAUUCAUUACAUUUCAUUAGAUUAUACUGUGCAAAUAUUAAUUACAAAACAAAUAAUGUAAUGUUUAUUUUAUUUUUUUUAAAUCAGCAUUAAUUAAAGGUUAUACAACAAAUAAAAUAAAAAAUAAUGAAUAUGGAAUGUAUAUCUAUAGCUGAAAAUUCAGCUGUUAUCAGCUUUUACAUUUUACAGUAUGUUACAAAAUAGAUCAAUUAUUUUAAAUUGUAAUAAUAUUUCACAAUAUUGCUGUUUUUACUAUUUUUUAUUAUUUUUUAUCAAAUGAAUACAGCCUUGGUGAGCAGAAGAGACUUUUCAAAAACAUUUAAAAAAUCUAACUGACCUUUUUUUGCAUUAUGAUUAUGAUAACGAAUUAAGUCAUGGAAAUGUUUUUAAAAAAAGCAUUAAAAUAGGCUUAAUUUUCCAGUGUUGGACUGAAAUAUGACACUUUCUUGGCUUUUCUUGAGAUUCGCCCUAAAGCGUUCUGUUAUCAUCUGCUAAACUUCCCAGCAUGCCUGGUGUGUUUCAGGGAGUUGCGUCAGACGUCGUUGUAUGAUAAAGCAUUUAAAUCGCCCGUUUCAGAAUGGAUUGCUGCCAUGUGCGCUUCCAUCUCCAGCGUUGCUGUAAAUUGACCUUGCAAGUACAUUUUAAUCUGAAUGUUUGUUCUGUUUGUGCUGUUGGAGUGUCUGAUAGGCCAGUUUUUCUUCUCUGUCUGGCUUCUGCUUCCCUAAAGCAGGCCGGUUUUGUCGUUCGAUGUAUUUUGAAUGCUGCUGACUUCACUUUUUGUCGGUUUUUGUUUAUUUCAAACCAGAGUUGAAUUGCACCAUUUUAAAAGCCGAAGCUGUUUGGCAUCUUAUUUCCACAGAUGGCAUAUGAACAUCCAAAUUUCAACUCUAUUUUCUGCAUUGCUAGAGGCUGAGAGCGCUAAUUAGCUAAGAUUGAGGUUAACUGCUUAAUGUUACGUCCCAAAAAUUCUGUUAAGAAUCACUGUACAUAUUGUGAUGCACACAUUUGGUGAAGGUUUUCGAGGAAUAGUUAACCCAAAAAUGAACAUUUUAUGUUCUUCACUGUAUUCUGUUGUAUGGAAAAGAGCAGCAUGGACAUUUCUUGAAAUAUCCCUUUUUUCUUCUUCUUUUAAAGAAAGUCAUACAGGUUUGUAUAAAAACUUAUAUCUGUCACAGAAUAAAAAAAAUAAAAAAGAGUGACUUUUUCCCAGCAAGUAUACAGUAGUCAACAUUUGAAGCAGAUCAAAAAAGUUCAUCAAAGUUGUCCUAAGACAAGAGCGGGUGUUGUUUUGAUUUUAGGGCAACUUUGAUGAAAGGUUUUGAUCCACUUCAAAUGUUGACUACUACUAUAUAUCUCACAACUGAGUUUAUGCCUCUAUAUCUUGGGAGAAAAAGUCACAAACAGCUUUUUUAUAUUUCUAUUCUGUGGUGGAAAUGAUCUUGCAUAGGUUUGGGCUGACAUGAGGUAAACGAUGGCAGAAUUUUCAUUUUUGGGUGAAAUAUUGCUUUAACCGCUCAGUCAGUUUUUAUUCAUGUUGUCCAUCAAUAUAUUUUACUAUGUGUCGAGUUUAAUGAUUUGUUUGCUUGAAUGAUGUGCAUCUGACCGAACGCCUCCUGGCUUCCGCUUUGUAUAUUUAUCAAACACCAUGAAUAUUUUUCAGUGGCGUUAUGUUCGAUGGGCUCCAUGAGGAUUGUGGGGCAGAUGCCUGUCUGAAGAUUUGCCAUGGAAAGGCAUUUGGUUUUGGCCUUAAUUAUUAACUGUAGACUUACAGAAGAAGAUGUACAUAUAUAAACUUAAACAUAUUUCAAGUUAAAAGAAACAAUGUAAACUUGAAAUAUUUCAAAGCCUUUAAAUAGCCAGUAAAUACCAUGUAAGUGUGUUAUAUACAAUACUUGCUUUAUUUGCGACUUGAGUCUCAAAUAGCAAAUUGCCAAUCCAGAUUUCCCUUUUGAGCCCUGAAUGAGGUUUUGGACUGAUUAUCUUAAUGUUUUUGCUGGAUGAAAGCCAUUUAUUGAGCUUUUGCUUGAAUAAAAUGGAGGGAUCUGUCACAUUCUGACAUUCACACUUAACUUUCAGUGUUUCAAAGAGGAAUAACUUAAAAGAAACUGUAGAUGUGAAUCACCAGAAUGUCGUUAAAUGUGCCACAUUGCAUUGCGUUCAUAAUAAUGGGAUGGUACAGGGUGAUACCACCCUCUCACCGUUAAAUACUGAAACUGUCCAUCAUCUUUAUGAAGAUGUUGCCUUAUUUAAUUUAUAGAGUGUACGUUCACCAUUUAAUCGACUGUAGUUUGUUGUCAUCUCUCUUUUGUACUUCUGGCAUUGAUGUUUGAGAGGUUACACUGUCUUAAAGUUGUGUUUUCAUUUCUUUUUCUUUUCUUUUUUCUUUUUUUUAAAUGAGACAACAUUCCCUGAAAUAUUAGUUGACAGGGGAAAAAUGCUCUGCCCAGCGUGUAGUGCAACAUUCCACAUAGAGAACUGUCAAUGAACAUGAAAUAAAGGAUAUAUAUUAUAAAAAACAA